UACCAACGAAAAGUUAUCUUCCUCUAUCUUUCUACAAUAUUGUAUUGAAACCCGCAUCAUUUGCAAUAUAUUUCCCAAUUAUUUAAAAUUUUGUACAUUAACCAUACAGAGUCCCCCACCCCCUUAAUUUUUAAAUGUACAAGAAUCUAAUUUCCAAUAUGGCGGCAAAUUUUGCCAAAAUUACAACUAUAGGUAAAAUACAUUUUAUAACGUUUAAUUCAUUUCAAAAUAAUGUUUUAUAAUAAUUUAUCUUUCCUUCUUAGCUGGAAUUCGUGCUACACGUCGGAUUCAUAUUGUCACAUCAUACAACAACAAACUGUAUAAAUUUGUACGUACAAUUUAAUACCUACAAUGUAUUAAAUAAUAGAAAACAGUACAAUAUAAAAGAAAAUCCAUACUAAGUUUGUACAUUUUAAAGUAUGAAACGUAUUUUACCAAAAGGAAGCAAUACAAAAUAAAGCCAGCCCUACUCUACAGAAGAGUUUAAUUAAAAAGCACCAUCAUGCUCUAGCCUGUAGGUGGUCAAUUAUUAACCAGCACAGAUAGUUACAACUUGUCAGAUAAAGAAACGAGAUUCACUAUAAUUUCCUUACUCUUAUAUUAAGUGUUAACAUUUUUAUGGUUGACCACGAACUGCUGCCCUGUAAUGCUUGAUCAAAGCCACCAAAAUGGCAAAAAGUGAUAUCAUUGAACUUUUUUCCUAAUCAAGAUAGGUCAAACAGGGUCUAGGAAAAAAAUUCCAUGUUGUACAAUGUCUCAAGAACCACCGAAGAAAUAUGAUUUUGUGAAAGAAAGUAGCAAGAGAGGUCCAAUCAGGUGGACUGGAUUGAUUGCCACAGUUAUUGUGGGCGGAGCUGCUGUGUAUUAUGUGAAACAAGCAAAAGACGAAAUGGAAAAAAGUAUGCUGGUGAUGUUUGAAUAUUUUCAUAGAAAGCAGGAGCAGCAUGCCUGCUUAUAUACCCCGAGAUUCCUUUGUUAGCCUGCAAGAUGUGGGGUGCUUUCCAUUUAAUGAUUGGACCAAUCACACCAAGGGGGGAGGGGGGUGGAAGUCUACUACUGGAUGAGGGAGCUGUGUAAGUUUGUUUCUGGGUGAGGGGGUAGAAGUUUGUUUCUGGGUGAGGGGGGUGGAAGUCUGUUUCUGGGUGAGAGCAACUGCCACUCAACAAUUUCUAAUUAUUAAUAACUGCAACAAAGCUGCAGCAAUGAUUUUACAACCUUGAAGGAAGAGCUUAAUAUGCUAUUAUAUUUCAACAAAUGUUCAUAUUUAUUAAACCAAACAUUUACAACAAGAAGAGGGUCAACAGAAUACACUGCUGACUUAAAAUCUCAUCCCCAACCAGUUUCGCAAAGCGGUCGCCACUUGUAUUAACAGAAACAUUAUUUUGUGAUAGCAAUACUGAAAGUCAUUCAAAAUGUGCCCUGAUUUUGCUAGAACGAGAAGCAGAGAAACAGAGGUCAAUAGGGAAAGCAGCGAUUGGUGGACCAUUCACCCUUGUGAACCAUGAAGGAAAAACUGUGACAAAUAAGGACUAUUUUGGUCAUUGGUUGAUCUUAUAUUUUGGCUUCACACAUUGUCCCGAUAUCUGCCCUGAAACCUUAGAAAAGUUACAAAAUGCGUUGGAUAAAAUAGGUAUAGUGUAGUUCACAAUUGUGGCUAAUUUGUUAGUUCAUUUCACAAAGUGGGACAGUGAGACAUUUGAUGGUGGCAACUCUAAAUGGGAAAGAUGGUUACUGAAAAGACUAAAUUAUCACAAUAUAGUCUUGAAUGAUCUGUGGCAGAGUAGGUAGUGGCAAUAAUAAGAAAGAUUUGGAUUGAUAGGGAUACAACUCCCUUACAAAUACAAGGAGAAUUUCAACGUUUCGAGCAAAGGCACUUCAUCAGGAAGUUAGGAGUACACUAACUUCACUGGAAAUUAAUGUUGAAGUUCUCCUUAGCUCUCUAUCAAUAGCAUAGAAAUUGUUAAACAAUACAUGUUGUUGUUUUGAAAUAGACAGUACAAAAGAUGCCCCAGACAAAGUUCUGCCAAUAUUUAUCACAGUGGAUCCUGCACGAGAUGACGUCAAGACUGUUGCUGAGUAUAUUAAAGGUAAAGAAAUGAAGAGCUUUUUCAUUCUUCAAAAGAAGCGAGUUUUGUUCAUUUUCUUAUUUUCUUUCAGAUUUUCACCCAAGAUUGGUUGGUCUAACUGGCACAGAAGAACAAGUGAAAGCAACAUGUAAAGUUUACAGAGUAUACUACAGUGCAGGCCCUGCUGAUGCUGACAAUGAUUAUAUAGUAAGUAUCUAAACUAACUUUACUGGAUAUCAGUUAUAAAUUGUUCUCCCAAGAGCUUCCAGUAAGGUACCUCAAGUACACCUGAACAGAACCUAUGGUGUUAGGUAGAAUAACAGUUUAUAAUCACAAACAUAUAUUACACAGAUCCAGUCAUCAAGAUGAAAGACACAUCAUGGUAUACCUAACUCACCUUGUUUUUCUUGUAGGUUGAUCAUUCAGUGAUAUUAUAUCUUGUUGACCCAGAUGGAGAAUUUGUUGAUUAUUUUGGUCAAAAUAUGGAUGAACAUGAAAUAGCUAAUACAACAAUAAGUCAUAUGUUAAAGUAUAAGUUUGGAAAUAAAAAAUGAGAUAAUUGUGUGUGUGACAAUUAUUUAUAUUUGAGAUACAAGAAAUUACACAAAAAUGUUUUUAGUCUUCUUUAAUUAUAUAUUGAAAUACUGAAUAGAACACACUGUUACAACAUGGUAUAUCAAACCAUGAUCAAAGCUAUUUUCAGAAGGAAAUUACUUUACAUGUUACAAUGGAUUAUAACACUAUCAAUAAAAAUUGUACAGUUUCUAUUGCAGUGGAAUGACACAAUGUACUGUAUUGCUUAUAAUCGCAGGUUAAUUAAUAGUGUAUGCAUUAAGGGACCUACAAUUCUAUUUAUAGUUCUUCUAUAACAUGAACUAGAUUUAUGUGAGUACACUUUACUUUACAACUUUGCGAGUUAAAUGUAUAUUACAAAACUGCACUUCAAAAACACUAAUGGUAAUUGUUAGUACAAUACACAAAGAUACAAUAUCUGUAAUGAAAAAUACAUCCGAGUUGGGGUAAAAAAAACAUUCAUAAUAAGAUUUUGUGGUGGUCUGCAAUUUAUCUAUCAGCCAUGAUGAGGACAAUACCAAUAAGCGCCAUAGCAACAGUAGUCCACCCUGCUCCAUACGACCAACUGAAGAAGACGUCAUUCUCCCAAAGUUUAAAUGUGUAGAUCAUCAUUGCAAUAAAUGCACCAAGAGCUGA